CUCAAAUCGCGACUGAUCAACCAUUGAACCAGCCAGAGAAAAAGAUCUACACCCGCCAUCAUGUCUGUAACACUCCACACAACACUCGGCGAUCUCAAAAUCGAAAUCUUUUGCGAAAGCGUCCCCAAAACAGCAGAAAACUUCCUAGCCCUCUGCGCCUCCGGCUACUACAACGCUUCCCCCUUCCACCGUAUGAUCCCUUCCUUCAUGGUGCAAACCGGGGCACCCGCCAACCCUUCCCCGCCCGAGAACCCCAAGGGCGGCCGGUCCAUUUACGGCCCGACCUUCGAAGACGAGAUCCGGCCAGUGCUGCGACACAACGAGCGGGGCAUCGUCAGCAUGGCCAACAAGGGGCCCAACACCAACGGAUCCCAAUUCUUCAUCUUGUUCGACAAGGCCCCGCAUCUGGACGGGCUGAACACGGUGUUCGGGAAGCUGAUUGGAGACGAGAGCUUGCAGACGCUGGCAAAGCUGGAGGGAUUGGAGGUGGAUAAGAAGAAUCGGAUCAAGGAGGAGGUGAGAAUCGAGACGGUUACGGUGCAUGCUAAUCCGCUGGCCAAGUGA